GGCUAGCCGGGCAGCACCGUGGCCUGAUUGGCCGACUCGCGCAUCGGCCAGGCAUGCCGCGCCGCAACUGCUGCCUGCUAAGCUCUCCCGUACCGAGCGCUAGUAGGAGGCCGCCGGUAAUCCCACCGACGUCAUGAUUCCGGCGGCCGCUUAUGCGGUCCGCCUCCGCGAGAUCGGCGACGAUUUUAUCACUUUGCAAAGGGGGAAAGAGAGGAAGAAGGGGACAGAGUGAACUGCAUAUCACAGCCGUCCGUAGUACACCAACUCCACACAGAAACCGUCCGAUCCGACCACACACGCAUUCUGGUUUGCACUUUCCCCGUGCCCUCUCCGGCGACCGCCACGCCCGCGGCUCGCGGGCGAUGAUGGCCGGCCGCGCUCACAACCACAGCAACCGGCUCCGCCGCCUCAUCCCGCGGGCCCUCUUCCUCGUCUUCGCCGUCCACGCCGUCUCCUUCGCGCUCUACCUCCUCCUCCAGUCCCACCACCCGUCGCCCAACCCCACCCAACGAACCCCAGUCCGCGACGAGGCCCGGGUGCCGUCCUCCCAGAAGCCGUGGCCGCACCUCCCCUCCUUCCUUCCCUGGGUCCCGGGCCCCACGCCGCCGCCGCACUCCUGCGAGGCCUACUUCGGCAACGGCUUCUCCCGCCGCGUGGACGUCCUCCCCGCGGGCGGCGGUGGUUGGUUCCGAUGCCACCACAGCGAGACGCUCAGCAGCUCGAUCUGCGAGGGCGCGCGGGUGCGGCUCGACCCGGCGCUCAUCACGAUGUCGCGCGGCGGGGAGCUGCUCGAGCAGGUGAUGGGCCGCGCGGAGGAGGAGGAGCUGCCCAAGUACGAGCCCGGCGCGCUGCAGGUGGAGGGGGCGGCAGCGGGGAGGACGACGCCCUUGGUGGACGCGGGGUUCCUCGACGCCUACGUGAACACCGGCGGGAUCGCGAUGCACACGAUGAGGGCGCUGCUAGAGUCGGCGCGCGUUGUGCCGCCCGGUGAGCUACACUGCUCCCAGUGGGUUGAAGAACCGACACUUCUGGUCACUCGUUUUGAAUAUGCAAAUCUUUUCCACACAAUUACAGACUGGUACAGUGCAUAUGUUAGUUCCAGAGUCACGAAUUUACCGAGCCGCCCUAAUGUUUUAUUUGUCGAUGGGCAUUGCAAGGCACAAUUGGAGCAAACAUGGGAAUCGCUUUUUUCAAGUGUGACAUAUGCUAAGAACUUCUCUGGUCCUGUAUGUUUCCGACAUGCAAUUCUUUCACCUUUGGGGUAUGAGACUGCUCUAUUUAAGGGGCUUAGCGAAAGCUUCAGCUGUGAAGGUGCCUCAGCUCAGUCCCUCAGAGAAAAGCCGGAUUAUGGGAAAACAUCACGAUUAUCUGAAUUUGGAGAGAUGAUUGUAGCUUCGUUUGAUCUUCUACAGGAUGACAUCAUGUCAACCAAAAAAUUAAAUGGGCUCAAUGUUCUCUUUGUUCGGCGAGAAGACUACUUGGCCCACCCACGCCACAGUGGGAAGGUUGAAUCUAGACUAAGCAAUGAGCCAGAGGUGUAUGAUGCAAUUGACAAGUGGGCAAAAGGUCAGAAAUGCAAAAUAAAUGUCGUCAAUGGUCUUUUCGCCCACAUGACAAUGAAGGAACAACUCCGUGCUAUCCUGGAAGCUUCGGUAGUGAUAGGGGCUCAUGGUGCUGGUCUAACACACCUAGUUUCUGCUACUCCCGAUACGAAAGUUCUUGAGAUCAUCAGCAGCAUGUAUCGGCGCCCACAUUUUGCAUUGAUCUCACACUGGAAGGCUUUAGAGUACCAUGCCAUAAAUCUCCCUGGAUCAUAUGCAAGGAUCACAGAUGUCAUAAGUGAGUUGAGUAAUAUACUGAAAGGUCUUGGAUGCUGAGACAGAAGUAUUGUUGUACUAAGCUAUUGAUCAUGAGAGUCACCACAUUUUGUUUACUUCAUACAUACUGGUCACACCAACAGCACUGAGGCAUAGUGUAAUUUAAUUGGACGGGAGAAGUUUUUGGAGAUUAUCUCCACCGUUGUACUGAGACCCGAAGCAUUCUCAGUUUCCAGCAGAGGAAUUUUAUGACGCCAAA